AUGCGUCAGCGAAUCACCUUCAUCCACAAGCCCAGCGACGGAGUGCCGCCAGAGUCUCUCGAUAUCAGCAACGCCGGUGUCGAGGGCCCUGAAGUCUUGUCAGUCCGGGAGGAUAGAAUCACUCUGGCACUGGAGGAGCUGCCAUCCGAGCUGUCCCAGCUUCUGGGUGAGAGCCACGAACUGCACAUCAGAUGGGUCAGUCCUCUGGCCUACGACACCAUUGGACCCUUGACAUCGAGGGUAUCGCCGGGGUUUCACCUCUUUUAUACGCCGAAGAGGGAAGGGGAAUGGGAUGGGGCGAGAUUAUGUGAGGCGCUCAGGAACACUUUUGGUGGCAGCGGCUGCUUGUCGUCCGAGUCGUUUACAAGCCUUCCCAAUGACCGUUUUUCUCACUCUGCCGCGCUCCAAUACUACCAGCCUCUAGAGGACCUCACCGCGUUCACACAGUACGUAGCGGAGCGGCUCUGCCCGGCAUCAGACACGGCCUGCAAAUCCCACGCCGAUGAGCUCAAGACGGCGGCGUCCCUCGACAUCUCCUACGACACAAUCUCACACGCCCUCAAAGUUACGGCCCAAUGGCCCUACGGCAAGCACCGUGUCUCCGUCGCCUCGAUGCCCAACCAUCGCACCGAAGUUGGUAUCCUCACCACGGACUUCUCCUCGAAGCCCGAGCCCCACGAGAUCGGCAUGGCGGGCGGCCUCACCGUCCUCGGCGAGCACAAGAAGCCGUCCCCCGUCCACUUCAAUGUGCCCGCCCGCCACCGCCUACACGGGGACGCCCCCUCCCGCCCGAGCUCCUUCUCCGCAAAGUUUCUCGAACCGACGGGCCUGCAUCCGACGCUGCAGCUCGCCCUCACCUCGGCCAAGCCGCCCGUCGACGACACCUACUGCGCCGUCCAUGCGCAUCUGACCCUCCCCAAGGCCGUCUUCGCCGACCGCUACCAGCUCGCCGACGACCUGUUCCUGAAAUCCAAGAACCUCACGGCGCUGCGCUACUCCACCUCUCCGGUCGACCUCGAGGCGCCCGCCUACGCUACGAAGCCGUGGGGCUCGGGCGUCCUACUCGAACUCAAACCGCCUGCGGCCGACAAAGACGGGGAAUGGACCGCCGAGGUGCCACUGCACUUGCGCUACCUCGAACCGGCGGCCGGGGGCUACACGGACGUCGAGGUGCCCUACCCGGCCGUGUUCUGGGCCUGCUCGUCCGAGGAGGGCACCAAGUUUCCGAGCAGCCCCUUUGAGAGAGUGAACCUGGGCUACGACGCGUUGUUCGGACCACGGACAGUGUUCUGGCACGUCGACCCGCGGCCGGUCGAGGGCGGCGGCGGCGGUCGGCUGAUAAGCACUGUGCGGGCGCCGGUCCUCGAGGCCGGGCAGGCUGAUUGGGUUCGGGUCGGGACGGCGGCGGCGGUCGUGGUGGGAUUCACGUGGGUUCUGUGGAGGCUCAUCGCCACCUACUCCAAGGCGGGGUACGGCAAUGAUGGAGGACCCGACGAGAAGAAGAAGCAGUAA